CUCCAGGUCCGCGCCAUAUUUUCCGUACAGCCGUAAAUGUCUUCGUGUGUUUAUGAUUGCCAAAAACCAAAGCCCACAUUUAAUAUCUCUUACCUGACGCGCCCAUCACUUGUGCUACAACCCUUUAGCACAAGCCUGCGGCAACGACAGACAAAAUGUGGAUUUAGGUUCCUGACGGAGGGCGAAACAAACAACGCUUGCUGACUUCAGUCCUGUGGAUAAUGAACAUGAUGCAUCCAAGAGUAUGGAGAGCUCUGUUUAUCAUGACCGUAUUACACCACCUCGGGAUGGCAGGCAAAUACGGCUGUUUGUUUGAGAAGAGGCUGUGCUCCAGGGAGCAGUUUUGCUCUGACGACAGGCUCUUUGGGCAGUGUCGGAGCUCCAGACAUGAUCAGGUUCAGUACCAGGUCUCUGUUCCUGUUCUUCAAAGGCUACAGGAAGUGCUCAAGCAGUUAAUGAUUCAGGGAUUCUCCUGGCAGAAUGACAUCACCCAGCACAUCAUUGCUAAAGAGCUGAGUCGUAUUCCUCACACGCGCACACAAAAGACCCAGAAUGCACAGUCAUCACAGCCCGCAGCAAAGAAGGGUUACACUAACUCUGAACCUGGACCAGCUCAGAGUUAUAUGGACUAUAUGAUCUUAGACCCCCAUCAGUCCUCCUCGCUUCGGAUGCAGGCCCUGCCUAUGGACCCAUAUUCAUAUCUACAGGAUGACAUGACCCAUUCUCUCCAUCCUCACACCAGUGUGGGGGGAUACCAGCGACCCCCCUCUGGAGCCGGAUCUCAGCAACGAGACAGAGACCGUCAGCUCCUGGAAGAUGCUCUGUCUCUUUAUCUCUCCUCCUCACAACCCUCUUUUCGCCACAGGGGGGCAGCAGCCCUCCCUGCCGCCCCAUACUAUGAAGAUCUAGACUUUCCAUUGGAGUACGGAGAGGACUACACCCUACAGGAGCAACCUAGCUCAUCCCAGCACACUAACAAGAAAGUCCCGCAGGACUACAGCUCUCUCGCUGGUCUUGAUGAUGAAACACUGGCUCAGUUGGGACGUCUGUCAGAGGGUUUUGGGGUGGACCCACGAGACCUGAGCCCUCAGCAAAUAAAAAGACUCACUCUACUGCUACAGCUCCUACAAAACAUGGAGAACACAGAUCGAUCACCUGGGACAGUCGCAGUUAAAGAGACGAUUGUAGAAGGUAGUGACAAAGUGACCCAAAAAGGAGGCAAAUCCACAUCACCUGUCUCAGCUUUGCCCUCUACCCCAACAUACCAGCGGGCCUCCACUCCGGCCCCAUCCACACCGGAUCCUGUGACCGUGCCUAAGAAAGAUGGUGAGAGCACACUGGGACCCACGCUGUCAGCAAAAGAUUUGGAUUUGAAAGAGAAAACAGACAGUGUCUUAAAAUCAGCUAAAGAUGGAGCAAACAGCAGGGAGGAAUAUGGCUACAUUGUCACUAAUCAGAGUCCUUUAAGUCUAUAUGAUGGGGUGAAGCUCUUAGAGCGUCUGGCCGAGCGAAUUCAUCUCUCCACGAGCAGUUUCAUCAAUAUAAGCGUGGUGGGUCCAGCCCUGACAUUCAGGAUCAGACAGAACGCUCUCAAUCUCAGCGCUGAGGAUGUGGCCAGUAAAGCAGUAGCCGAGAAGAAUUUCCUAGAGGGAGAGACGGGUUUGAAAAUCAUCCAGACUGGAGUUGGGGAGAGGAGCGAGGGGCGCGGCCUGCCCCAGGCCACACGGGUAGGGGAGGGCUCGCGUGGAGUCGUGCUCACAAUGGUCGCCAUGGCAUGUGUGGGCACGGUGUUGUUGGUCGCCUUGGCGAUUGCCUGUCUCCGUCACCACGCCCGUCAGUUGGCCUCGGGCAAAUUAGGUCUGGGACCAGAAGCCGGAGCAGAAACUCACUUUGAUUACCAGGAACUAUGUCGUCAGCACAUGGCGGCCAAGUCAUCGUUCACCCGUACGGAGGCCGGCGGUCGACGGGGGACCGACACGUCUCGAGUCAGCAGUGUGUCGUCUCAGUUCAGCGACGGACCGCAGCACAGCCCCAGUUCUCACAGCAGCACGCCGUCCUGGAGUGAAGAGCCUGCUCAGUCCAACAUGGACAUCUCAACCGGACACAUGAUACUGGCUUAUAUGGAGGACCAUCUGAAGAAUAAGGACCGUUUGCAGAAAGAGUGGGAGGCUUUGUGCUCAUACCAGGCUGAACCGAGCUCCGUCUCCGUCAGCCAAUCUGAAACCAACAUGGAGAAGAACCGCUAUCCUGACUUUGUGCCCUAUGAUCAUUCCCGUGUGAAACUAAAGGCAGAGACUAACCCCUCCAAAGAGGACUACAUAAAUGCCAGCAUUAUAAUUGACCAUGAUCCACGCCUGCCUGCUUAUAUCGCCACUCAAGGACCUUUGCCACACACUAUUGCUGAUUUCUGGCAGAUGGUUUGGGAGAAUGGAUGUACUGUAAUAGUCAUGAUGACAGCUCUAGUGGAGGAUGGAGAGAAACAGUGUGAACGCUAUUGGCCUGAUGAAGGAUCGUCUCUGUACAACAUCUAUGAGGUGAAUCUUGUGUCUGAACACAUCUGGUGCAAGGACUUCUUGGUUCGUAGUUUCUACUUAAAGAACAUUCAGACUCAGGAGACGCGGACCCUAACCCAGUUUCAUUUGCUGAGCUGGCCUGCGCAGGGCAUUCCUUCCUCCACACGACCUCUGCUGGACUUCCGCAGGAAAGUUAACAAGUGUUACAGAGGACGUUCUUGCCCCAUAAUUGUGCACUGCAGUAAUGGUACUGGAAGAACUGGCACAUACAUUCUUAUCGACAUGGUACUUAACCGCAUGGCGAAAGGCGUGAAGGAGAUCGAUAUUGCCGCAACGUUGGAACACAUUCGUGAUCAGAGACCAAGUAUGGUACGCACUAAGGACCAGUUUGAGUUUGCCUUGACAGCUGUGGCAGAAGAAGUGAAUGCCAUUCUGAAAGCCCUUCCUCAGUGAGCCACCCUGCCAGCGUUGCCAGGUCCGCAGCCUUUCAGCAGACUUCUGAAUUGGGCUACUUUUAAACUAUCUGCAGGUUGAUGUGUUUCUGCAGGUUAGAGAUGGAAAGGUUUUGUACUUGUUGGUAUUUGGGCUGUGAGUAGUCAUUGGGGUGCUUUUGGACUGAGUUUGAAUGGCCAUUAGGCUGGUUUUGAUAAGCGGAUCUGGCAACCCUGCACACCGUGUCUCUUUUACAUCAUUUCCGCUUACAUGCUUCUCUUCUGUCCAUCUUACAUACUUUAAGGGGAUAGGUUAACCAAAAAUAAACAGUUAUUUAUUCAUCCUCAUGUGCUUUAAAACCUGUGCAUGACUCAACACAAAAGAUAUUUUAAGAAAUGGUUUUGUGUUCAUACUGUGGAAAUCUAUUGGUGUCCAUUUCAAAUCUGUCUGUGAGUAACCAACUUCUAGCCAAAAUAAACUUGAAUUUGGAUAUUUUGCCAAAAUAAUUUGCAAGAUAUAUGAUAUUCCAAAGUCAGUCAUACAGGUUUGGAUUAGUGAUGGGUUUUGAUUCAAAUUUCAAGAAUCUAUUCGAUUCCGAUUCUCAAGAUCUUGAAUCGAUUAUCAUUAUUCGAUUCGAUCUUCAAGAUUUAGAUAAGUGUUUUUGAAAAAAGCUUUUUUCCAGCUGUUAUCUGAAUUACAGUUUUCAAAACAACCGCUUGCUUGCUUAACGUUACUGACCGCCAUGUUCGUUGUUUUAAUGUCCUUCCACAAAUGCGUGAAUUCAGUGACGCGGCAACUUUAAGUUAUUAAGUAUUAACUCGAUCCUCUGAGUUACGGAUCGAUCUUUAGAAAUGAAUAUGAAAUCGAUUCAGAAUUGGUGAAUCGAUUUUUUCAACACAGCCCUAGUUUGGAUUGACAUGAAGGUGAGUAAAUAAUAGUUCAAGCUGUGUAAAGUCAUUUCAGAGAAUUAGUAUUAUAGUAUUGCUGAAACACAUAGGGGUGGUUUCCCGGACAGGGAUUAGCUUAAGUCAGGACUAGGCCUUAGUUUAAUUGGGUAAUAUAACUAGUUUUAACAAACAUGUCUUAAUAAAAACAUUACUUGUGUGAAUUUUAAAGCAAAACAACUUGUCAGUGCAAGUUGUUUUCAGUUUUGACAGCUCUUACAUUUAUUUUAGUCUAGGAUUAGUCUAAUCCCUGUCCGGGAAACCGCCCCAUUGACUUUGAACUGAAUUGUGGAGUUAAACAGUUUUACCACAUAUCUGUGUUCAGGAUUUUACAAAAUCUAACACAAUUGCAAGCAUCCAUUCAAGUUGUAGCGGUAUUUAAAAGUUGAGAGAUAGACACAGAGUGCAGCGCGUCAUACCCUGAAAACCACGCCCACCGGGGGGGAAAGCAAUCCAACCGUCUCCAUUGACUUUGUAUUGCAAGAGGCCGCCUCCUUGUCAUUUCUGGCUUAUAACAAAAACUGAAUAAUGCCUAAAAGCUGCUGUGUGACAAUAUGUACAGCUUACAAGCCAAAGAACCCAGAAAUAAGUUUUUAUAAGGUGUCGAGCCAUAAAACCCAGUCUUUAAGGAGAAUAAAGUUGAUCGCCAACUACGUUUCCCCCUAUUGGAUGCAGUUUUACUAAUAGUAGUACUAUGAAAAGUUGCCUGUUUCCAUUUCUGUGUCUUUAAACGCUCGUUUUUUGAAGUCGACAGCUUAUAAAAAUGUUUUUUUUUUUUUUUUUGGCGUGUUAGAUGUACACCUUGUCACACAGCAGCUUCUGUGGGCGUGGUUUUCAAAUUUGCAUAACUGCGCUCUGUCUCUAUACCGGCAGUUUUCCCACGAGUGGGCGUGGUUUCAGCGCUGACAGCAGACACGCCCCCUGCACUUGAGAGUGUUUUUCCAAGAAACUUGUUUUAUUUAUUUGGUGGUUUUCUUAAACAUUCAAAUUUGGCGGUGGUUAAUAACACAUUUUUCUGUGGUGUCACAAACUGAGAACACAUUUAAUAUCGGACUUUACACAGACUAAAAUAAUUUUCAUUUUUGGAUGAACUAUCCCUUUAAGUCAUAUAUGCAAGACCCUAUGACAUUGCUUGAUUAGUGCAGUUUUCUGUCAUGUGUUGAUGUAUUUUCUUUGAUUCAUUGAACAAAAAUCUGUGUAGUGUAAAAUGACUUUUGGUCUGUUUAUCCAAACCAAAAUGUGUGUAAAUUUCAAAAUGAUUUAUCGCUGAAAUAUUAUAUUUUUAACUUAAGCAAAUUUAUGACUGCAAUGCUAACACUUUGAGUCUAAUUUAGAUUUUAUGGGAUCUUAAAAUUUCACUCACUGUCUGUAAAAGGCUAUGAAAGAUUUCUGUAUGCUGGAUUUUACAUGGGCCAAAUCUUCAGUCCUUAUAGAGUUUCAGGGAGAACAAAGGUUUUAUGAGACAUUAUGGCAGUAAUGACUCUGAUGAUAUAGUUUGAUGUUGCAAACGCAGAGUCUCUACAUUUACAUUUUUUGUUUUUCAAAUGCUUUCUUAACUUUGCAAUGUACAGUAUCAUAUACAAAAAAGACGAAAAAUAUGUCUCAUGUAGUCAAGCCUACAUACUGUCAGUGUCUGCACACAAGAGUCCUUUGUUUUGGUGGACGGUAUCACCUGAAGGCACGUGUAAUAUCGUACAAUUCCUGUAAAAUCUCCUUCAAGGCUUUCACAUCCAGUCUAGUCCGGGCAGUCUUUCAUUGUAAAUAAUUCACUGAGAGCUAUCUUUGUCUAUUCCUGUAGCAUAUGUUGGAAAAUGAUCAAAAAAGAGAAAUAUAUGACUAUCAUUUUUAAAUGUUAUAAAUUAAACGUGAAUCUGUGUAGCAGCACCGA